AACUUCAAAAACGGUUUUGAUCAUUUUUCAUGAGAUUUCUCAAUAUUUUUCAGUUUUUCUUUGCAUUUUCUGCAUUAUUAUAACUCAUUCUCUAAAUAUUUUCCUAUUUUCAUUAGAAGUUAUCCAUUUUUUCAAGGAAAAAUGGGCAAAAAUAUGCAGAAAAUGACAGAAUAGGUUAAAUAACGUUCUGUCAAUUUGGUCAAAAUAAUUUUUUCAGGCUGAUUUGUGUCACCCUAUAAUUUUGAGUUUUUCAAGAUUCUGAAGGAUUUUUUUUGAAAAACUUUAAUUUAAAAGAAGAAUUAAUAAAAGAAAGAUGCCCCCAAAGGCUGAAGAUGACUGUGACCAGGAGAUUUUGGGAAUAAACGAGGAUUUCCGUGAGAAUUGGCUUGAUUACCAUGAGGAUAAAUUACAGGAUCAUCGAGAGAAAUUCUUCAGGAAAGAUUGCUUCUACUGCAGAAAUGUAUUUCCAACAGCCCUGCAGUGCUACAACCACGAGAGAUUCUGCAAGGAUGGCUCAACAAGGAGAUUUACAUGCCAGGAAUGUAGCAUUAAUUUUAGUAUGAAAAAGUAUUUGGUGCGUCAUCAGGAGCGCCACAAGGAUCCCGGAAGUUUCUUCUGCUUCUCCUGUGAUGCUCAAUUCACAAAUUCCACAGCUCGAAUGCAACACAGGAUUGCAAAUCAUCGGAUAUUUCAGUGUCACAUCUGUCUGGUGCGAUGUAAGGAUGCCAUGCUGUAUGUUGCGCACAUCCUGACCACCCACAGUUCACAGUUAAAUGAGAAUGAAAAAGAUGAAUCGAAGAGUGAGGAAUUACUGAAUGUUGUUGAUCCAUUGAAUCUCAAAAGAGAACCUUCAACAGAGGAACUAUUUGUUGCCAAUAUUGAUGAAGUUGUUGUGCCCAAAGACGAAGAAAAAUCCCCAGAGAUUGAACCAAAUCCUGAGACAAAGAAAGAAGAGGAUGAUUUAUCUGACUAUCAGGAUAAUGACAAUUGGGGGCAAGGGGUGGAUAGUGGUAGUGAAUCUGAGCAGAAAGUAAAGAGUGAGGAAGAACGUUCAGUUCCACAACCAGCAGCAGUGUCAAAGAAGCCGAAGCGGAAGAGGAAGAGGAGGACUAUCCACGGAGACAAAGAGCUCGACUAUGAGUGCAAGCGCUGUGGGAAGCAGUUCCUGUAUCCCCAGAAAAUGAUCAUGCACUGCAGGAGAUUGCAUAAAAUGAACAGUGAUGAUGAGGAUUGGCCCCAGGAAGCCGGAGAUGUCACAAAUAAGUUAUUUUACUGCGAAAACUGUCAUAGAACGUACAAAACUGAAUCCUCCUUCAAGAAUCACAUGAGGAUCAAACAUGGGAUAAUCCCAAAACUCCCGAGAGGACGAAAAGAGCAGAUUAUUUCAAAGGAAAAGCAAGAAAAGCGAAAGGAAAAUGAAUCAAAUGGAUCAUAUUCCUGUGAGGAGUGCACGAAGACUUUCCCAUCGGAAAAAUAUUUAAAAAUUCACAAGAAAGUUCACGAAGAGAAGCCCUUCUCUUGCACACAUUGCGAGAAGAAAUUCAGGAGGAAGUCUCAAAUGACGAUGCACAUUCAGAAUGAUCACAGGAAAUUGAGAACCUACAACUGCCACCGCUGUGCACACACCUUCACAGUUGAGAAGUGCUUUGUGAAGCAUCUCAAGGCAACGCAUGGCAUUGAAAUUCAAAUGGAGAGGAUUGAUUGUAAGUUCUGCAAGAAGAUAUUCUACGAGGAGAAAUCCCUGGAGGUGCACAUAAAAAGGACUCACAUGAUAAAUGGAAAAGCUCAGAUAAAAUGUAAAUUCUGUGAUGAAUAUUUCGAUGAUCGUCAAUUGAUGGAGGAUCACAAAACAGCAGCACACAAGGAUAAGCUAACGUGUACUCAGUGCGAGAAGAGUUUCAAGAAUGAAUCCUGCCUCAGGGCUCAUGUGAAAUUGCUUCAUCUAAAGCAGAAAAUCACCAAAACGAUGUACCUGUGUGGGAAAUGUGGGAAGAAUUUCCAAUGCAGGCGUACACAUGCGGAUCACGAACGUUCCAACUGUGGGAAAUCCUACCUGUACGAAUGUGAGCAGUGUCACAAGCACUUUGUCUCACCGGCAACACUCAGAUCACACAAAGUCACCCAUUCAGACGUCAAAGCAUUCUCAUGUAGAUUCUGCAAGAAGUCCUUCAAGACAAAAGCGGAAGUUGUGGUGCACGAACGAUCCCACACUGGUGAGAAGCCAUACCAGUGCACCUUCUGCCCAAAGGCAUUCGCGCACAGAGAAAGCCUUAAAACACACCUCACAGUACAUACGGGCUUCAAGAGAUUCAUGUGCAGCGGUUGUGGGAAGCGUUUUACAUGCAUCUCCAACCUCCAGGCACAUCGGCGGAGUCAUGCCGAUACGUGUGGCUUAGUGCCGAAUUGCACGAAAACAAUGGGACCCAUGGAGGGGCCGCUGAAUUCAAAAGAAAAAGAUCAAAAUGAAAUGUUUUAGAGCAAAUUUUACCUUUGUUAAUUUACGUUAGAACUUCAAAGACUUCAAAAGUUUGUUCUUUUCAGAAAUAGACAAUUAUUUUUUAUCAAUAAACUUCAUUAAAUACUCAAUAAAACAAUGGAAAAGGAUA